GCAGCCUUCCAGAGCUGACUGACGCUCCGCCGCUGCCGUCUGCGACCAGGGGCCCGCCGUCGGAGCGGAGAGAGCGGCCCACACCCGGAUCCUGCCCGAAUCUAGGGCACUAGGCGCGCGGGGCGGAGGAGAACGGGGGCGAAGGCAUGGUCUCAAAGGCCGUCGCCCUCAGCCGCGGCUCGUCCGCGUUGCUGAUCAGCGGCAUCUUUUUAAGCCUGACCUGGGCGGCGAGGGCCCAGCCGCCCGUCCCCUGCCAGGCCCCGCUGCAAUGGGAGGGGCGCACGGUGGAAUACGACCACAGCAGCGGCAGGAAUACCCGCGCAACGGUGUCUUACGACAGUCCCAACCAGCGCCUCCGUAUUCUGGAAGAAAAAAAGAGGUUCAUCCCUUGCAAGAAAUUUUUUGAAUAUAUAUAUCUUUAUAAAGAUGCAGUGAUGUUUCAGAUUGAACAAGUGACAAAGCUGUGUUCCAAGAUUGCUUUGAGUGAGCCAUGGGAUCCUUAUGACAUUCCUGACAACUCAACCUAUGAAGAUCAGUACUAUAUUGGAGGACCAGGUGACCAAAUUAUGGUCCAGGAAUGGUCUGACAGGAAGCCAGCUAGGAAACUUGAAACUUGGGUGGGAGUUUAUACAGUCAAGGACUGUUACCCAGUUCAAGAAACCUACACCAAGAACUACAGUGUGACAACCUCCACCCGUUUCUUUGAUCUUAGCCUUGGGAUAAGCGACCCAUCUGUUUUCAUCCCUCCCAGCACCUGCCAGACAGCUCAGCCAGAAAAGAUGAUUUAUGCAUGCUGAUGGUAGAUCUUGGCUUCUACAGUACAUAUAUAAGCUCAGAAUGUAAUAUUAAUAACUAGCUUCUGAUGUCUAAUAUGACUGUUGCACUUUGCAGAAUGCAGGUUGUAACAGACUAGAUAUGUCAUAUCUUUUUUGACAUGUUAUUCUAAAUGUGUUCUCAUAUCCUACAACUGUUAGCAAAUAAUCAUUUAUAUUUAUUUAUUUUAGCUGCUAACAUCCUCUGGCAGAAGGUGUUUCUGUUUUCUAGGAGGUAUAAUGUAUUUCCAAAAGCAUAUUAAAAUAUGAAAUAGAUGUGUUAAUUUUGGAGAGAUGGAUGAAAUCUAUUACAUGUAACAGAUAAGGUGUUACCAUAAGAUGGCACAUUGUAGCAUAAUGAUUUUCUGAAAGCUGCUAUAGUGGAUUAAUAUUCCUCUGGUUCAAGAUUUUCUGUCAAGAGUCAAUUUUAGAUGAAUUGCUGUGAUACAGAGAAACUAUAUCUAAAUCUUCUAUUUCCAUAUGAAAAGAUAUACCUGAUGCUUUUCUUGUUUUCAUAGUCACUAUUAAAACAUUUAUAAUGACUUGUCAGAAAAUUACACUUGGCAACAUAUAAAACAUUUUUAAGAAAUACCGGACAUACAGUUAUUACUCUGAUAGUCCAGAAGAGAAGAAAAUAUAGUUAAGAUUAUUGUUAUGACAGCAAGAAUAAGAGUAGUCACCAGUGUUAUCAAUGUUGGUUUUGGUAAUUGAACAAAUUCAAGAGGAAGAAAAAUUUUAAUGGAUGAUACAGAAGUCUGUUCUUUAUAUAAUCAAAAUUAAAUUACAAAUAAGGAACAUAUAUGAAAAGUAUUUUAUUACUUUGGUUAUAAUGUUUUCUCCCCUGAAAAAUAUAUGCGGUGGUAUCAAACAUGUAGGGCUCUCCAGUCAGUCCUACAAAAAUUCAGACAAAGAUGGGCAAGAGGCAACUAUUCUUCCUGAAGGCCCUACAUGAUUUAUUCUGCAUAAAGAAAAAUGGAAGCGUAGGUUGAAAAAAGAUGAACUAAUGAAUGACAGUAUUUCAAUCUAACCUACCCAGAAUCACUGGUAGUUGGGUGGCAUAUACAUUUAAUAAAUUAUUAUUAUAAGCCUCCCAAAAGGAUAGACAGAGCAUAGGAGAUUUUAAUGUUUCUUCAUUGCUCAUUCUUCAUCCUAUUCUUUAAUUAGAAUACAACAAUGAUAGCUUUAGUAUCAGUACAGACUUGAAGAAGGUUCCUGACUAUUGUUCUUCCACAUUAGAUGGCUUGUGAACCAGGGAUUCUCCGUACACAACAUGAAAAGCAAGACCAGGCACCUUAAUUUAAUUUUUAUAUUUUAAGUUUAGUUAUUUUUAUUUUAUUUGUGUUGUGAGAGUCUGUAAUGUAUUGAUUCCUUCUGAAAAUUUGUGAAGUACUAAGCAACUGCAACUUGGAAAAUCUCCUUGUUAGCUCUGAAAUGUCAGAGUGGAGCACUUUUAUACAUAGUUCACUAAGGUUUCUCAAAGAGUCUUUUAUUCCCAUAUCAGAAGAUGAAAACAUUGUGCUGUUGUCAUCUUCCUCUCUUAACAAAGAAUAAUGCAGUGCAGGUGAUGACUUGAAAUCUAAUUCUAAUUACUCCAUAACUGUUUCUUCAAUAAUUAGCCAGUUAUUCCAGCUGUUCCUUCUACUCUUAUGUACUUAUUUAUUAUUUUAUUGUUAGAACAACUAAUUUUAUUGUGAGACUUUAUUUUUGUUUACAUGCUGCUUUUAUUUUUAUUAUAAAAUAUGAAGUAUAUGUGGUGAAAACUUGUACUUGCGGAAAGACUUGAUGAAAAUGAAAAGAGGGCUCUACAUAUAAAUGUUUUUACAAAUGAUUAGGAGCUCUGUAUAGGGUUUGUAAUCAUAGAGAAAAGCCUACAGCUUCCAUUCAACUUGUAGAGUUUGGAGACAAGAUCAUCAAGUGCUCAUAUUCCCUUGUCAUUCACAGAUGGAAUCCUUCAUCUCCCAGGGUCACAGACAUAAAGUGCUUGUCACCUUAUUUACAACUGGAACAGUCAGGAAAGAGUAUGCUUGUAUGAGUAUGUGUUUAAUAAGGAUGCGGAUAUUUUAUGUUAGAGCUGUGCAUGCAUUCACAAGUAGCGUUUUGGGCCUUGCUUAAUCUGCUGUUCAUUAAAAUAGCCGCAUCUGUUUUUCAGGAUUCUGUGGGAACCUGCUUUAAGAAUUGCUUGAAUUACUCAAGUCCCAAAAACAAUGGCAUCAUUUUUAGGCUUGUAUGAAAGCCAGAAGCAGGACAUGGCUGCUUUAAUUAGUAAUGGAGAGGUGCUGUGUUCAUGCUUUGGGUGAGAUUCAAAGCAUUUCUUCAGAAUGACUUUUGAAGCAUGCACAGCCCUAUUACCAUGUACAGGCACUUUAAAGGAUAACUAACAGCAUAGCAGAUCCCUCCCUUAGGAACUUGGCAGCUUAUUAAUGCAGAAGGUGAUCAACUGAGGGAAAGUGAAAGUAUACAUUCACUUCAGUCAAGUAUAGUUAGCUUUUCAUUAUCCAAGUGAUAAGAAUGAAGAUUAAACAGAAGACCAGUAUUGUCUUUGAGGAAAGAUUUGAAAGAAAAUAAAGAGCUGGGAUCCAAAUAGAGGGCUUUGUAGAUUUAGGGAAUAGAACGAUAUAGGUAAGCAAGACUUUGGGCAAUUUUAAGGUAAGGAUUGAGCCAGGAGCCAAAAGGAGCAAAUAGGGAAUACAGAAAGGAAUUGCUAUUUAAUGUGAAAAGAAAUAGAAAUUUCUGUGAGUGAAGUGAGAUGGCCAUGAUGUCUCAAAAGGUCAGAAAUUAUUUAAACUUAAAAAAGUAUAAAGACAUACAGUAGAUAUGUUUAAGUGAUAUGGUCAAAAUACAUACUAUCCUCUAAAUAAAAUAGUGAUGCUACUUUAAUUUGGAUUUUCUGCAUUGAUCACUGUGUAUAUUUAUAAGCCUCUCAUAUGAGUACUCCAAUAUAGUUACUUGAAUGGGAUAUUGGAAUAGCUUAGGGGUUUUUUUAGCGUAUCUUACACAUUUUCUAGUGGCUUGUUAAAAAGAUGCUAUUUCUCCUAACCUAAAAAGGAGAAUAAAUAUUAGAUGGCAGAGAACAGAGACUGGCAAAAAAGGUAGUUAACUAACAGCCUCCAAAGAAAGUGGAGGAGUAUCUUAUGCUUAUUAUUUCCUUUAUGUCUUUUCCCUCAGCACAUUGACAGAAACACUGCCAAUAGUUUGCUUCUUGUUAGGUCUUCACUAGGGUUACCAUAUCCAGGUUGCAAAAAUCCAGAUGACAAUAGCAGCAAAGAGAUACAGAACCAUCUAGUAGCUGACUGGAUUUUUGCAGCCCUAAGAUACUGCAUUUCCAGCAGCUUGGGGCUAUAAAUUAUCUACAGUAUUUAACAAUCACCACUGCAGUAAUAUAGCAGUGAUAAAUUAUUUUGUACCGGUUGUGUGUAAAUUUAAUAUUCAUAGUAAAUUUAAUAUUUGGCUUCCACUGAUACUCCCAUUGUUACAUUUCAGUUGCCCUGUUAAAGUUCUGCAUCGAUUUAAUCAUGCAGUCUUUAACUUGUUUGGUUUCUGAUAACAAUAACAACUUGUAAAUAAGCCCCAGUGAUGUUCUUUGUUUAGAACUACUAUAUAUGUUUUUCAGAUUUGGUCAAACCUCUAAAUAUUCUGCCUUGUUUUUGUAAUUCUUUUUGGACUAUACUCCUUAUUUGAAGAUAUUGAAGCCAAUGAGGUGAUUUGACCAAACUGAAGAGGGACUCUUGAGAAAUUUCAUCUUUGUUUAUUAAGAGUUAAGUGUUGCAAUCUAUAUGAAUUGUUAUCUUACCACAAAUCAAUUUUUUGUACAUUUACCUUCAUAAAAAUAAAUAUUUACUACUGAAGCAAGGA